CGUUUGGUACAUUUGAUGUGAACUACAACAAGAGCACAUUGAGGAGCAUUUACCGUGCAACAUUUGUGCAGUUAAUCACUCUUUACAGCGUUUUGUUUACCUGAGAGGAAAAGAGAAGAGAAACAUCGUUUCAACAUCAUGGCUAUUUUAUCUCUAAAUGUACAAACCAUUUUGGCGGGACUUACCAUUGGUCUUCUGGUGUAUAAAGCUAUCAAACGAAUGCGAUAUCGCCUGCCACCAGGUCCCUGGUGCAUACCCCUUAUUGGGCAUUAUAAAGUCUACGGCUCAGUAGAGAUUCACAAGAAGAUCGCAGAACUUUCAAAGAAAUAUGGUCCAGUUGUACGCAUCUCAUUCGGACCCCAGAUGUGGAUUGUACUGAAUAAUAUUGACGUUACACUGGAGGCAAUGGUGAAAAAGAAAGCAGAUUUUGCUGGGAGACCAAAAUUUAAUUCAGGUGAGGUAUUUACCGAAGGUGGAAAAGACAUUGCGUUUACAAGUUAUUCGCCUACGUGGAAAUUUCACAGGAAAAUAGCGGGCAAAGCUUUGAGGCAUUAUUUGCAAGGGGAUCUGCUUGAAAAUAUGGUACAAGACAACGCAGAAAAAUUUCUUAAUAAAAUGGCAAAGGAGAAAGAACCAUUCUUUUUCAAAGACUAUGUUGAUCUGAUGAUCUUCCAUCAACUCUACACUCUCUGUUUUGGGGAAAAACGACCUGUCGAUGACCCGGAAGUGAAAGCUCUUCUAAAAUUGGAUAACGAUCUCUUCGACCUUUUCGGCACUGGUCUCCUAGAGGAUAUAGUCCCAUAUCUAAAAGACAUCUACCCCACAGCUAAAUGGAAGAAAUUCAAUAAAAUGAUGGGGGAAAUUCUUCAUUUGCUGCACACUAAAUUUAAACAACACGUGGAUACCUUCUCCCCAGAUAAAAACAGGGACUUUAUCGACAGUUUACUGAUGGCCAGACAGGAAGCUGAGAACGAGGGAGAUGAAGCAGCACUGGAGAAGUUAGAAGAUACAUACCUUGUUCAGACCAUAGGAGAUAUAUUUUUUGCUGGCGUUGAUACCACUAGAUUCGCAAUGGACUGGUUUGUAUAUUUCAUGACCAGAUUUCCGGAAAUUCAAACCAAAUGCCAGGAGGAAAUUGACAGGGUUGUUGGUUCCGGACAUCCAUCAAUGAAGGACCGUAGCAACUUGGACUACACAGAGGCUUGUUUGUUUGAAACUUUGAGGCUCGCGAACGUUGCAGGACUUGGUAUCCCACAUAAGACUAUUUGUGAUACACAAGUUGGGGGUUACGACAUUCCCAAAGGUACCACAGUUGUUAUUAACUUUUGGGCUCUUCAUCAAGAUCCGAAACACUGGAAAGACCCAGAGCAAUUCGAUCCUUCUCGCUAUCUUGAUGAAGAAGGUAAAAUGAAGCCAAUAAGACCAGAUAGUUGGCUUCCUUUCUCGGCUGGCCGGCGUGUUUGUCUUGGGGAAACAGUCGCUAAACCGGAACUCCUGCUGUUGUGUGCAAACCUCCUGCAGCGAUUUGAUAUUCGCCUCCCAGAUGGUGUGAAAGCCAAUCCAGAGCAUAAUAUGAAAGGAUUUGGUAUAGAACUUCCAUCAGAUUAUAAAAUCGUCGUGAAGGAAAGAAUUGAGAAUUGAAAUUUGGACACCAUGGUAUAUAUAAAUUGAACAUAUCUGUAGAUAUCUGAACAAACAAAGAGGCAUAAAUAUUCCAUAUCAUUAAUUUUUAUCUUGUAUUGAUAGGAAAUAUUUAUCUUUCCUCCAUUCGCACAAUUAUUAUAACCAUUUUCAGUGUUUUCAAAAAUAUAGUUCUGUUUGUAUCUUUGUAAAUAUGAUUCACGAGAAUAAAAGAAUAAGGUAAUGACGUUAUAUGAGGUCGUUAUGACGUUAUAUGUGGAACAAGCAAAUGCUGUUCGAUUGUGAUUUAAUAGAUUAUAGUAGUUAACUGAUCACCUACAAAUUAAUGUUUGAAAAUUUCAAUCAUUUAGUGUAUAAAAACUCCUUUUAUUAUGUCUGCUACAAAUAAUCACACAAUCAAAAAAUCUUUAUUUUGUUAUGUACGAGUAUGCUUCGUAACGAUUAUAAUUUUAAAUAUUGUUCAAAAUUAUGGUUAAAGUAUAUACAUGUAUUUAAAAAUAAAAGAAAAUUACAUUC